GCCCCCCCCCCCCCCCUUUUUUUUUUUAAGGAUCUAUGUGAGAAUGACCGUGUUGUUCUAUCUCCUAAACUUUAUAUCUGGAUCUCAAAGUACCUGUAAUUUUGCGGAGACUAGUGAAUAUCUUGCUCCAUUAUGAAAAGACAUUCACCAACAUAGAACAGUCUGGAAGUAGAUUUCUCGAAGAAAAUCAAAGAGCAUAGAAUCUUUUAAUAGAACAGAAGACAUUUAGAAUUUCAUAAGCUAUUGGCUAUCUGGGUCUUAAACAUGAACCGUUACACAAUCAUGAAACAACUAGGUGAUGGCACCUACGGCAGUGUGUUGAUGGGGAAGAGCAACGAGUCAGGAGAACUUGUGGCUAUCAAAAGAAUGAAAAGAAAGUUCUAUUCAUGGGACGAAUGUAUGAAUUUGAGAGAAGUCAAGUCUCUGAAGAAGUUAAAUCAUGCCAAUGUAAUCAAAUUGAAAGAAGUCAUACGAGAAAAUGACCACCUUUACUUUGUAUUUGAAUACAUGAAGGAAAACCUCUAUCAGUUAAUGAAGGACAGAAACAAGUUGUUCCCCGAGUCAGUCAUCAGAAACAUGAUGUAUCAGAUAUUACAAGGACUAGCUUUUAUCCAUAAACACGGAUUUUUUCAUAGAGAUAUGAAGCCUGAAAAUCUUCUCUGUAUUGGACCAGAGCUUGUUAAAAUAGCAGAUUUUGGUUUGGCUCGAGAACUAAGAUCUCAGCCACCUUAUACAGAUUAUGUUUCUACCAGGUGGUACCGUGCUCCUGAAGUUUUGCUAAGAUCAUCUAUUUAUAGCUCACCUAUUGAUAUGUGGGCAGUUGGCAGCAUAAUGGCUGAAUUAUACACACUAAGACCUCUUUUCCCAGGCACAAGUGAAGUAGAUGAAAUCUUCAAAAUUUGCCAAGUAUUAGGGACUCCAAAGAAGAGUGAGUGGCCAGAAGGAUACCACCUUGCUUCUGCCAUGAAUUUCCGUUUCCCACAAUGUGUCCCUAUAAGCCUAAAAACUCUCAUCCCAAAUGCAAGCAGUGAAGCGAUACAGCUUAUGAGUGAUAUGCUCAACUGGAAUCCAAAGAAGAGACCUACAGCAAGUCAGGCUUUGAAGUACUCUUACUUUCAAGUUGGCCAAGUUUUAGGACCUCCUCCACAGUAUCUGGAGAAGCAGACUCCUAUUAAACCAGUUCAGCCAACAGAGCCAAAGCCAGCUUUACCUAAACUGGAAGCUAUAUCCAAGCCAGAACCUCUGUCUUCACCUGAUGUACCUGACAAAACAGAGCCACAGCCCCUGUCAAAGGUUAACCACCAGCCUCUCCAGCAAAUUCAGUUGCCUCAGAAUACAGCUAACCAGCAAGUACCAAAACAGCAGCAGCCACAGGCACAACUGUUUUUUCCAACUAUCAAUAAAAACUCAUCGCCAAAUGGUGCAGUAGGUCCUAAAAGCUGCAGAAGACGAUGGGGUCAGACUUUGGUAAAGGCUGUGGAUAGCUGGGAUGACUUGGAUGACACAGAAUUUGGAAUGUCAUGUUCAAAGAAGCCUAGCAUUGCACUGUUAAAGGAAAAGAAAAACAAGGAGUGUCUUUUUAGUAUGCCAGAACCAAAAGCUUCAUGCAGUAUCCAGCCAGGAGGGGAAAAUAAGAUUCUGAUGACGAAUGAUUCUGGAAGAUCAAAUACAUCAGCAAAACAGUACUAUCUAAGACAAUCAAGAUAUCUACCUGGUGUAAACCCUAAGAGUGUCUCUUUAGUAGCAGUCAGUAAAGAAGGAUCACACGGAACCUGGAACAACCAGUUGUUUUCUAAACAGCUGGCACAUACUGGAGGAGGAGUGACUUUCAACAGAAAUACUACAGGAAAUCCUGGCUUUGUAAGUGGUGCUGCUUACAACCCAUCAGGAGUAUAUAUCCCUUCCUUUCAUAAAAAAGAAGUUGGAUCAGCUGGACAACGGAUACAGCUAGCCCCUCUUGGUGCACCUGUGUCAGACUAUUCCUGGAAAACCAAAGCUGCUCGUGCUCAGUUACCAGGUCCUACUUUCAAUUCUGCUGCAAAAACAAUGACUGUUUUAACUCGUCCACCAACAAUUCAGCCAGUACAUGGAAGAACAGACUGGGUGGCCAAAUAUGGAGGAAACAGAUAGAAAAUGCCAU